CCUGCUGCUAAGAGAAAGACAAAACAUGAAACACAUGUUAAUUUGGGUGUUGUUUUGUAGCAGUCUUUUGGUGAUGUUCGUAUAUUCAAAACCCACAAUCUACAAGAAAAAUGAAAAUGAUAAACUGGAGCCAGUGCUGGUGCCUGUAUCCUCCACGGUAAUACCUCUACCUGUAUAUAAAGUCGGAUUUGGAGUUGGUGUUAAUGGGGCAGAGAAGAAGCCCACAAAACCAGAUGAAGCUACAAAACUCAUCACAGCUCAUAAGAAGAAAACAGGAAAUACAUAUGAUGGUGAAGAUGAUGACGAUGAAGAAUCUAUUAAUAUCAAACAGAUAUCAAAAGAUGAAUAUGAAAAAAGCACAUGAAUACCACAUGAGAUAACAACAUGUAACAUGUCAGUGGCUAAUGUAUAAAAGAAAACAAUACUCUCCAGAAUUAACCAUGCUCAACAGGAGUCUUUCUUGCAGUCGUGUAUUUGAUAGUAUAUUAAAAAUAACUGAUAUUAAUUCACAACACCUGUGAAGGCAAAUAAAUGUUUUCAUAUA